AUGGAUUUUGCGUGCCGUGGCGUCUCCCCGCGUCUGCUCGUGUCGCUCCUGCUCCUCUCCCUCAGCGUCUUGCGGAUCCACGCGCGCCACCGUGGCGGCCCCGAGAUAUCCGUUGCGGACGCUCAGUCUGGCAGGCUCACCAAGGAUGCCGCAAAUUCUCAUCGGCAGUUCGACUCGCAGUCACACCAGGUCGGAACGUCCGAAUGGCGCCAGGAUGUUCCAUACGCCAGCAGCGCCAGCAGCGGCAGCGGAGGGGGGCCGGUCAGCACGAUGGGCGCCGGAAGCGACGGCGAGGAGUCGAUUGCGGAAUGGAAGUGGCGAUCGGCGGAAGGGGGCGUGCACUUCUUCCCCCUGCAGCGCGCGGAAGACGCCCCCAGCAGGGACGAGCUGCACCGCCGGAUUCUCGCGCCCAGAGGCGUGGGGGGCGGCUUGAGGGCCAAAGGAGAGGGUGGCGGGUCAUCAGAUUCGGCGGGGUAUUAUCUGCCGCUGAUGGACUACAACAGCACGCUGGUCUCAACAGCCAACGGCACAAUGGGCAACACCAUGGUCAACUACAGCACCUUCGCCGGCGGCAACGACAAGAUCCGCCUCCCCGUGUAUCCGUACUACCUGACGCUCAAGCUGGGGUCGCAGAAGCAGGAGUUCAGCAUGGCGCUCAACCUGUUCCUGCCGCACACCUUCGUGCCCUGCGACUGCCUGCACUGCGGCUCCAUGCGCAAGGGGACCACCUACAGCAAGCCCUUCAGCACGCUCUCUUCCUCGACCCUUGAGUACAUCUCCUGCACCGACCACCGCUGCCAGAAGGGCGUUGAAUCCGGCUACUAUGGCUGCAACACGCAAGGCCUCCCCAACUACCUCAACUUCACGGGCGUGCUGCCUGGGGACGACGCUCUCUGCGUGUACAGUGCGAACGCAGGAAACUACGACUACUAUGAAGCGGACUGGGAAGCUGUUGAGAACGGAACAGGAUCGUACCUUGAGUCAGUGGGGCAUGUGGUGCAGGACACGGUCUACCUCACUGCACCUGAUGGUACCGAAGUCAACCGCUCCAUCAUUCUUGGCUGUGGAGUGAACCAGAUGGGCCACUGGGGCAUGCAGGGGUGGCAGUACGGCUCGUGGUCAGCAGGAGGCGUGCUGGGGCUGGGGUGGUCCAGCCCCUUUCUUGAGCAGCUCACCUCUGCCUAUACCCCAAGCUCCUUUGCGGUGUGCUUGGAGGAGCCAACGCCGACGAACAAGACGGGGUGGGAUGGCCAGGUGCCACUGCAGACAGGCAGAAGCCAUCUCGUCAUUGGUGCUUUCGGCCUCACUAAAGGCGCCGCCAACUACACCUACAUGUAA